AUGUCAGACUCAGUUGACCGAGUCUUUGUCCAUGCGCUUAAUACCGUGAAGAAGAUUCCCCGGACGGGGUCGGCUAGGCCACCGACGGCCGAUCGAUUGAAGCUCUAUGGAUUAUACAAACAAAGCAUGGAGGGGGAUGUGGAAGGAGUAAUGGAUCGACCGGUCGGUGAUGCCGACGUCCAGGCUGAAAAAGAGAAAUGGGACUCAUGGUAUGCGCAACGGAACUUAUCACGAACGGAGGCGAAACGACGAUAUAUAACGACACUUAUAGAGACCAUGCAUCGAUAUGCGUCUCCUACUCCGGAGGCACAAGAGCUUAUAUCCGAACUUGAAUUUGUUUGGGACCAAAUCAAGUCGAAUACUUCAUCUUCAUUCUCGAAUCCUGACCAGGGCUUGAGCGUGUCUGGCCCUACCCGAAUGCCGUCACAAACCAGCUACGACAACACGGGGAGUAGGAUGGCACGACAAGACUUUGACGAGGCAGGGAGGGGCUCUCAGUUGCGAGUACUGAGCCCUGUAAGUCAACCGGACGGAGGCUCAAGGCGGCACCGCUACGGAAGCCAUUCUGAAAAGGAGAACGAUCACGGCCCCCGAAAUAGAGGCGGUGAUGAUGCCGAAGACGAAGAGGACGCAGACCAAGAUGAGGAUGAGGAGGAAGAAGAGUUUCAAGAAGCUAGGAAUAGCUUUUAUGAGAACCAGGAAUCAGGCGAAGACCCACGGCUCCAACAUCCCCCAACAUUAGGCCAUAAAUAUUACCAACGAUGGCAGAAACGCGUUGAGCAGGCCUUAACGAAGAUGACCGUCGAAGUAGCUGCCGUAAGAGAGCAGCUAGAAGCCCGCAAAGCAUUCGAACAGAGGAAAUCCGGAAUAUGGUCCUGGAUUAAGUGGUUUGCUUGGGUAGCUGUACGGCAACUCUGCUGGGAUCUUGCUCUGUUAGCAAUUCUUCUAUUAUAUGUCCGCAUUCGGGAUGAGAGACGGCUUGGAAGAACACUUAAAUCAAGUUCGAAUAUUCCGCCGGCGGUCACGUUAGAAUAA